AUAGACGGAGCACCAGUUGGUUCAGAAAACAGUGCGAGUAUUUAGAAGUUUUGUGAUCCGGUUGAAGUCACAUGAUCGCUCAUUAUGGCCAUGCAAACUAGGCAGCUUAAAUCCAGGCCCUGCUUGGGCUAACAUCAGACAUUCAAAUAGCCGUGCUUUUCUAGAGACAUGGGACAAGGCAGUCACGGGGGACCUUUCCUUAGCAGCGACAGACGGCAACACACACUACAAAGGAGCUAUCAUUGUCAAAUAUGAACAGAAACUAUACUCUCUUUUCGGAUGGUUUGAACUUUUUCCUUUCGUUGCUUUGCGGAGGUUGUGUGUUAUAAAUGAAAACGGAAGUUUUCCGUGAAUUGUUGAUACCUACGGCGAACGGGUGCCACACCUUCAUUUAGCGCAACAGCUCCACUACCCAGCUGGCCAGAUGGGGUGCCAAUGCUGUCGGAUGCUGAAAAGUUACAUCUCUGAUCCGACCACUCAGGUUGACGUCCAUGGCAGGAAGAGGGACCCGGCUGAGAGCUCCCUCUACCAGUCCCACCACCUACCAGGAGACAGCGGGAACCAGUUCAACAUCAAGCAGAACCAGGGUUUCCACAACCUGGGCUUCAGCAACAAGUACACCGAAAGAGGAGGUGGCGGAAGCCUCAAGCUGGAGAUCGACAACAACCACAUCAACAAGCUCCACGCCGUGCCCACCAACCCAGAGAGGGAGUUGGGCACGGGGCAGGCAGCCAAGCCUCAUGUGGGGGAGGGUGGUGGAGAUCUAUAUAUCCUCCAUCCAGAGGGCCAGGUGCCAAGACGAGAUCCAUCCAAGGGCCUCAAUCUAGUCCGUGUCUAUCCCAACACACCCUCCCUGGAUCUUACUCUCAAUCUGACCCACGCAGGUGACACUGACUCUCACCCAGACAAGAUUAGGAUGGUCCGGAACUUCUCGGACCCCUCCAUCGGGGACAGGUAUGGGGUGGGGUGCAACACCUCAUCAGUGGACGAGCUGGACGAGGGGGUGGGGGGCACGCCGGAGUACCUUGGCGACACGGGAGAUGAGCAGAGUGUCCUGUCUGUGGACAUUCAAACCAGUACGACUAGCCUGUCCUCGGCAGACACAAACGACGAUAGGGGGGCGCCGGACGCCACUACCACAGAGAAUGGGAUCGGGAUCUCAGUGAAGAAGAGCGAGGAUGAGGGGAAGGAAGGGGAAGACGAUGACGUGCAGAGCGUCACAGACUCUAUGGUGGCAGAAGCUCUGGCAGCUCUAGAGGCAGCGACUGCCGGGGAGGACUAACUGUCAAGAACCUCUUAAUAGGUCCAAAAAAACACAAUCUAACAUCUAUUCAGCUUCAGUAUCCGAUGGGGCUGAAUGAGGAGAUUCUGAUGUAUCUUUUAACAUGUCACAUGGGUAUAUCAAUGUUGUCUGCACUCUCAGGAGAAGGAGAGAAGACUCUUGGCGCUCGACUGUGAAUAUUCCCCGCGUCCUAAUCCCCAAUAUAUGGUACAUAUUAAACUUCCUGGUCUUCAGCUGUACAAUCUACAUUUCUAUGUUCCACCAGCACAGCUUCUAGAACUUCUAUCUCUAUAUUCUGUCCUAUAAAAUGCAGCUCUGCACAGCUUCUAGAACUUCUAUCGCUAUAUUAUUUUCUAUAAAAUGCAGCUCUGCACUGCUUCUAGAACUUCUAUCUCUAUAUUAUUUUCUAUAAAAUGCAGCUCUGCACAGCUUCUAGAACUUGUAUCUCUAUAUUCUGUCCUAUAAACUGCAGCUCUGCACAGCUUCUAGAACUUCUAUCUCUAUAUUCUGUCAGUACUUGCCAUGGCUUUGUUUGUCUUCAGGGAGCUUUGCUGUGCUUCAUUAUAUAAACACACUGACAGGCCAUCUCCAGCUACCUAUUGGUGUAUCGUAUCCAUGUUGUUGUUGUUGUUGUUUACCUAUUUUACUAUGUUAUUUAUAUAAUGACUGGUUGGCUCAGACUUUUCUAGUUCAAUACAUGUCAGAGCUUGUUUAGCUAAGAUUCCACUCCCUGCACUCCUUUAACAAUGACGCACAGUGCAAGGAGUGGAAUGUUAGCUAAACAAGACUGGCACCCAGGCUAUGUCAGAGACAUUUCCCAAACUCUGGAGAGGAGAGCGGACAUGUUAAAGACCAUAGAGAGAGGUAGUCGGUUCACUUUACAACCUCCCAUUGUGGAGCAUACUGGGCUGACCUCAUGACACCUUAAGACAGGAAGUAGGUAUAUAUAUAUAUAUAUAUAUAUAUCACAGAUAUACGUAGCAUCUCUGUAUCCUGUUUUCCCUCGAAUGCAAACAUUCCACAUUUGUGAUGGGUCUUUGUUUCAGUGAAGGAGAAUUAUAUUA